UUUUUUCGUUUCAGUCGCUCUUAUCUGCGAGAAAAGAAGAGGAGGGGAGGAAAAAGGGGGCUUAAAGCACAGCCAUAAUUUGCGAUACAAUCGUCGUUUCGAGGAGACAUUUACUGGAGACGCGUUGGAAGCUAUCGAAAGGAAAAGGAGCCAUCUGAUCGAGUCGCCUCCAAUGAUCUCCGACCAGCGGAUGACGGGCUCGUCGUCCAGAAUGCGCGGCACUCGACGUGAUAUGGCGGCGUGUUAGAGAGAGAGAAAAAAACCCGGCGGCUGUGCUUUGUUGACAUUUCGUAUGCGGAAUCUCUCGGCGGAGAAUGAUUAAGAUAUCGGCGCUGAACGAGGAGUCGAGCGAGGAGAGCGAGGAGGAGGAUGUGCCUACCAUCACGAAGGAGGCGCAAGAACAAAUAGCGCUGACGGAAUACAAUAAAGCCUUGGACUUGUUGAAGAAGGAUAAGCAAGAAGAGGCGCUAGUUAUUUUUAAGGAUCUUUUGGAGACUGAAUUGCUAGAUGAGGUGGAGAAGCCCGAAGUGCCGGAUGGCAGGUCAAGACCAAUGUUGUCCUUGAAAUAUUCCUGCUUCAAGAAUGUCGGCGCUAUUCAAACGGCUUGUGGAAAUUACAAGGAUGCUGUGGAGAAUUAUUGGGAAGCCGCAAACUUGGAUGAUUCUGAUGUAAUGCUAUGGUAUAGGAUUGGCACGUUAGCCAUGAAGAUUUCUAAUUUAGAAUUAGCCUGUUCGUCCUUCAAGCAGGGCUUAAAGUGCAAUUCCAAUCACUGGCCAUGCUUGGAUAAUCUAAUAACUGCCUUAUAUGCCGUUCCUGAUUACAUGAACUGUCUGUUAUAUAUUUCUGUGGCUUUGGAGAUGGAUUCUAAUUAUGUGAAGGGUCUGGCAUUCCGCGAUAGGAUAUUUAAAGACAUUCCAUGCAUGGAAGAUUGUUAUAAAUUAUACAACAGCGAUUGGCAAUUGGAUCCACCUCUGGAUACCGAGUACGAUCAUGUAUUGGGUGACAAGUUAUUAGCAGAGGCGAGAGAGGUUUCUGUAAAGUGGGCAGAGGUUUGUAAAGCAGAGUUUAUGCCAAAACCGUUGCCAGAAUUGACUUUGAGAAUGCCUUUAACGAAUUACACAUGGUUGGCUCUCGGAGAGAGUCUACUAGACAUGCACAGGUAUGUCGCUGAGAAUGAUUUAAACUUUGUCAGUAGAAUUAUAUUAUCGGUUCGAAAGCCCGACGACAAGGGUGCAGCAGUGAGUAAAGAGUGCGAGAUUGAAGAAACUAGUGUUAUGGAAAUAGAUCGGCAGAAUGUGAAUGAUCCAACUCCGAAUGAGGAAAAUGACGUCGGCAAAUCUGUCAAGAUCGAAAGAUUGGAAGAUUGCGAGAUAUCGGACGACAAUCAGGCCUUCAACGCAGCCUCGGAUAUCGCGAUGGAGGUUGAAACAGAAGACGACAAAAAAUCUUGUUCGACCGACGUGCAAAUAAUCGAGGAUGAAGACCCACUGAGAAUGUCCGAUACGGACGGUUUGCAAUGUGAGGAGCAGAGCGAAACGAAAAACGUGGAUUCGGAGGAGCAGAUGCAUUCCGAAACGGACGUGAAUAUUGAUAAGUUGGAGAGCGACAAAGUCACAGACGAUGUCUACAGCACGGAUAAUGGGGCACCCAAUGAAAAAUCUAGCGACAAGGAGAGCGAUAAAUCGAGCGACGAUAAGGUUUCUGAGAAGGGCGCCGAGAAAGCGAGCGACGCGAUGCACAAGGCAGACGAUAAAACUCACUCUGAGAAAACUGACGGGAAGGAAGAGGGACAGAAGGUGAAGAAAAGGCGCAGAAGCGCGCUGUGCUUUCUGCAACAAUGGGCCUGGAGUUGCAGCAGCAUGAGACGAUCCGCGAGAGUCAGAGGCUCAAACAGACGGGAAGCAGAGAGAGACGAUGUCCAAUUGGAAGAAACACUUAGAAGAUUGUUCCCUAGUACUCUGUUACCCGAUAGAGUAAGAUUGACUAAAGAUGAUGUCACUAAAAACCUCGACGAAUCUAUGGACACGAUGGAUAUGUACCAAUUAUUCACGAAUCAAGAGAAUAAUACUAAUGUGGAAAUCCUCAAGAGUUCGGAAAGUUCUAAAUCACCAAGCCCCGAUUCAAGUCAACAGCAAUACUUUGGGACAGAGGCAGAAAAUGCUGAUGUGGACGCAUUUAUAAAUCAGCAUAGCAGUAAAAGUAAUUUGAUGAUAAUUAUCGCGAAAUUUACGGAAUUUCUGUGUGCCAAAUGGAAUCAGAUGUGGCCGAAAGGAAUGUCGGACAUUUAUUUACAAGCAUAUGUCUUUAUGAGGCAACAUAUUCCACAUUUGUCACCAUUCGAUGAAGAUGUCGAUGAUAAGAUUCUAAAGCUAGAUACUGAAAUGACACUACUAUUUGGGGAACUUCAUACAGAUAGAUGGCUGGAAAAUAAACCAGACACUUUGCCAAACCCAACAUUAGAUAAACUUGGAACUGGGAUGCCAGCAGAAGAAUUAGGACACAUAAUAUUUACAAGCGUUAGACAGGAUCUCUCAAAUGACGAAAACUUAAGUAUAUUAUUAAGAAUUCUAUGGCUUAAAGCUAGCAUCUUUCUAUGUCAAGGUGAUAUCGACAUAGUCAUAGAGACGCUAGAAUUGUUGUUGAAUCAUCUGCAAAAAAUGGAAAGUAAAAACUCAAGUCUAUGUAUUAAGCUUUUAAAUUGUAAAAAUAAUUCUCAAAUCAGUGCCAAACUUGUAAAGAGAAAGCUCACAUCAAUUCAGAGGGGUCAAAAAUUAGGCGAAAUUCAACACUUGUAUGAUGAAAAGAAAUAUGCGGAAUUAUCUUGUAUACUGCAGGAUACUUUCAAAUUUGCCAAACAGAGGCACAAAUUGUUGAUAACCAAUGAAAACAUUGUCGACAGAGUUCGGCAAUUAACCAUGUUACUCGAUAGCUUAUGGCAACUUCAGCAAUAUGAGGAAUGUUAUGUCUGGGCAGAAGCUUGUCUCAACGAAUCGUGGCAAAAUUACUUGAGUUCCUCUGAUGAAGCUGAACAAAAGAAAUGGACAAGUUCUAUUGUAAUGGCACUUGAAAAAUUGGAAGCUUGCACGAUCGAAGUUAGUGUAUUCAUUGUGAAAUAUCUGCCGGAGUCUCGUCUGACGAGAUUGGUGCAGAAUUUAGUUCACAUCGUCUGUCAUCAAUUGGACGUACCAGAGAAUGCUGUUGAAAUGCCAUUGGAGACUGUUCUACCCUGGAUCCUGUUACAUUAUAUUCUGCAAUACGAGGAAGAUAAGGAGAGAGCAAAGGUCGAGUCGCCUUAUAAGAAUAAAUUGCACAGCUCUCAUCAUUCGGAAUCAGAUGACGAGGACGAUGGUAUCCCGCCAUCCAUCAUGAUUCUGUUCACCGCCCACGAAUUUAUCGGCAGACACUCUUGGUGUUGCUUCAACGAGGCAAAACUCUUAUUCUUCAUCAUGAAUCAUAUCAUACCGCAGCUCGAAACUCCCUUGUAUGCUUCCAUAAAGAACAGACUCACAAAGUAUCUGGAACAAAUAUUCUUCUGUUUGUACGGCCAUCCGAACAGGGUCAACAAGAUACGUCCAAAGUAUCUACAGGAUCACAUGGUGCCGCAGAUGGAAUUAACCUGGGAAGGAGCGCAAUUGCUAUUCGAUUUUUACAAACCGAAGCAGCUACCCAAUUUUCAAUCUCCCCGUCUACUCUCCAUCAGCAUGGACACGGAGAUACUGUUUAAGAGAAUAAUCAGAUUAAUUCCGCGGGAGAGCGACCCAAAUCAAAUAGUAGACGAGAUGACGGCAUACAUAAUCGGCGCACGGGAUAAAAUGCCAAGCGUAGUGAAGCCUCUACCGCAUGCAAUAUCCCCUAUUUACUAUUUACUGGGUGAUUUUUAUUUUAAGAACAACAAAUGGGAGCAUGCUUGCCGAUAUUAUUUACUAGAUCUAUGUCUAUGUCCAAGGGGAUUAAAUUCGUGGGCGGGUCUAGCUAUGGCGACAGGCAGUAUAAUAGAGAAUUGGUUGAACAAUUAUAGACCCAUAGGAAAAGAUAAAUUUCUCAACAAGGCAAAAAUGGCACAAUCGAGUUACCAACACGCUAUUGAGCUGGCGCCUGGCCAUUCCGUCAUUUGGACAGAGUAUGGGAAUUUCGUUUACAUAGUUCAUUCAUUUUGCUCGCGAUUGCUCAAGCAAGAGACCGACACGUUGAGCAUGGAGAGAUUCGAAAUUUUGGAAACCAGAAAGGAAGAGAUGCUGGAGAUUGCGGAUCAGUGCUUCGAAUCCGCCAAUCGAAUAUGCCAAACUAUCGAGGAACCGUCUAUACAGCACGACGAAAGAUGGCUUUAUCAAUAUAUGCUCGGUAAAGUCGCGGAAAAGAAAAAUCAAGAUCCUCCCAUAUUUUUGGAACAUUAUGCAAAGGCUAGUGAAUUAUUAUACGAAAAUAACGCUCAAUAUCCACGUAGAAUAAGUCACAAGAGUCCUCAGAAUUUAUCUAUAGAGGCGCUAGAAGUUCAUUAUCGCAUUCACGCGAGUAUAUUAAAGUAUUUGGAGCAACACGAAGGUAAACCACUGAAGAAAUCGUUGGGUCAGCUGUUUAAUUGGCACCUUAAAAAUUGUUCUGAGGGUCCCUUUAUGAAGUAUCAGUCUAAACUUAACGAGAAGAAAAGAGAGGAGAACGCCGAUGUUGAGAAAAAUAUUUUGAAGGAAGCCGAUGCUGUAAAUGAUGCGGAUAAGAACGUAAUUACAAUAUGUCGACGCUCAAAUAGUAUCGAAGAAAUAGAAAUCAUAGAUAGAUCGAACAAAAUUUCCGAAGUUAAGACAGAAAUAGGAAAGUCUGAAAGUCGCAAGAGACUUCCCGAUGAACUAUUACAUGACAAUACGAAAAAAAUUAAAUUAAGUAACGUUUCGCAUUUACAAUUGAUGCAAGACGUCGUAGCCUUAAUAGACGAUUUAAUUACUAAAGUUUGCGACAUGGUAUCGCGAAAGGAAGGAACGAGCGACGACGUGAUGAUUCUAUCUAGUGAUGAGAGUAACGAAUCGAAGUUGCAAAAGAAGAAGCUGGAGAACAAGAGUGCUGAUAAAACAAAAUCGCAGACAAAAACAGAAGAGAAUAAAAAAAUUUCAGUAAAUAUAUUAACAGUUGAUCCUGAACGAAAAACUGACAAUGUACAAGAUUUAAUGGAUGCUCUUAUGAAACAGGCAAUGGAAAUUAGUCAAGAAACCCAACAAUCUUCCGCGGAUGACGAAGACACCAGAAAAUUCGAUGGCAAAUGGUUGCAAAAUGAAGACUUGCAAUCUACUGGAAAAGAUAAAGACAAGAUGGAAGAGAAGAGAAAAGCACAAGCCAGUGCGAAUGAAGAAAUGACUUUGAGCAGAAGAGGUUCUCAAGAAAGCACCACAACUACGCAAACUACAACUACGACUACAGAGACAAAUAACUCGAGCUCCAGUAGCAGUGAAGAAUCUAGCAGUAGCGACGAUAGUUCUGAUAGCGAUAGCUCUAGCGAUAGCGACAGUGAUUCUGUCGACAGCGAUGCAGAAAAGAAGAAGAAAGAGCCUGCCAAUGUAGACAAUGAGGAACAUAUGCCGGAAGAAGAAGUAGCGACAUUAAUUGCAUAUUGUUUAGCUGGUUUAGAACAGUGUAUAUUAAGAUUCGCCGAACAUCACAAAUCCUUUUAUAGACUUGCACACUUCUUCUUUAACAAUAAAAAAGCGAAAGACACCGUGAAAUGCAAGGAUCUCUUGUUAAGGACAUACAGUUGUCAGUUUUAUGUCGGACAGACUUUUCAAGGACUUUUCGCCGAGAGAAGAAGUACCAACUUUUUUAAUGGAGUAUGGCAUAUACCGGUCAAUGAAAUUGACAGACCUGGUAGCUUUGCCUCACACAUGUCGAAAUGCGUGACAUUACUCAUGCAAGUAUUAAAGGAAAGUAACGAUAGUCGGAUGUUGAUGCAGUUAUGCAUACAACUCGGGAAGAUUCCAGAUUCAGACAAAAAAUAUUUACGUGACUCCGAGAGAGAGCAGUUGUCCCGACAAGCUCUGACCCUUUGUCAACAAUCACUUAGAAGCAGAGUUCAGGCAAUGAGUUCUGCAAGCACGAUCGACAGCGUCCACCUUAUUAGAACCGAUGCCAGAACGCAAGUACUGCUUGACGUGUAUGAAACAUAUCAACUUGUGCAAAAGCACCUUCAGGGAAAAGAGUCUACCAUACAAACAUUUGCGACAUUGUUGACGGACACUUAUAAAAUGUACAUAGGAAAUAAAAAUCUGGAAGGAAAUGUCCUGGAAAUCGCUAUCAAAUGUUGUCAACGACAGAUACAGGCAAACAAACUCGCAUCGGUUAACAACAGCAGUAGCAGUCACGUGCAACCUCAAACCACUUCUACUAUUUCGGCGCCUACGCCGCAGAUGCCAGUAAACUCAACAUCACCGCACACUUUGCAGAAUCGCAAACCGCAUAGAAAUCUGAUGUCCACCGGACGUCCGAGGGGACGUCCGCCUAACGCUAACAAAUACCUGCAGCACGCCAUGCAGCAGAGCAGCAAUGUGAUGAAUCAGUUCGGUUCCAAGAGUAACUUUACGAACUUCAUGAGCGCGUCCGGGCCAAAUCGCUCCAUGAUAAAUCCUUACUUCAUGAACCCUCUAGUCGACGCAAAUAUGCUAUCAGCCAUACUCACUAGCGGACUGAGCAGCAAUAUGAUGGAUCCCAUAUCGGCUAUGAGUUACUUGAACCAAGUAGGAAGUUAUCAGGAUAUCCUCAGGCAGUAUCAGAACAAUCUGUCGUCUUUAACCAAUCUCGCCAGCGGCUUAAGCAAUCCAGGUACUACAAUGACCACUGGCAUCAGUAGCGUCUCGACGAUGAGUACAUCUAGCAGCGUUAACACUUCGAGUAAUAUCAGUAGUUUAGGUAAUUUGAAAGGAUCUUUAGACUCUAUGACGGUGCAGCAAUUAUUAAGUUUGAGCAAUUCUACGGCGUCGACGUCGCGACCCAUGUACCAUCAAGCAGCGGCCAAAACUAGCACAACCAUGUCCAUAACAAAAGAUCGACCUAACAUAUCUAUAACGCCAGUGAAUCAGCAGCAGCAGCAACAACAACAACAACAGCAGCAGCAGCAACAGCAGCCGUCUCAUCACAAAACAAAACCUACCAGCAAGCAGCCAAGCUUACAGAAUGACCCAGCCGCGGCGUUACAUCCUGUCCACAUUCCAAAAUCGCUUCAGAUAUCACCGACAAAGCCGGUAUUACAUUCGACAAGUGUGACGACAACUACAGCAGCGCAGAUGUCCUUACUCAAGCCAUCCAUCAUUCAGCAGGUGAAGAGUAGCCCGCCUAAGCAGAUAAGCGCACCGCAGAUACGCGUUUCGAAAUCGUUGACCGAGCCGCAGCCUGCGCACAACAACUCGUCUCUGUCCCAUUCGCCUUUGAAGAACAGCAACGGCAGUGGCGUCGUGACGACGAAUCCCCAGGUCGCUCACACGUCCAUGGGUGCGCCUGUAAUUAUGAAACCACAGCAGACGCUGCCCGUGAACCUACCUAUGACCGCGUCACGAUCUGGCACGUCCCUGCAGCACAAACUAUUGUCGAAGAAGAAUUGCCAGCGACCUUACUCGAGCUUGCAAAACGUGCAUUCCAAUGUGAGGAAGACUGCGAAGACGGUGGCGGCCGCGAAGACGUCUGCGGCGAUGCCCGUGUUGAUGCCUGGUAACUUUCCAGGCAUAUUAAAUCAGGUGAUACCAUCAGGAAAUUCCACUGCGAUAUCGCAAUCGCCUUUUAUACCGCCGGAAUUGAGCGGCAUCUCGGUGAGUCCCGUGGUCACUCCUCAAGCCAGCAGUAUCAAGACUGCGAGCGUCAAGUAUCAUGGGUAUAAGAAACCAUCUGCCGGCAACAAACCGGCGAAACCGACGCCGGCGAUGGACGUGCCGUCCAGCUCGCUGUCGAGCUCGACCUCCUUUCCCCAGGGCAGCACAGUCGAGGCGCUUUCCAUGUUGUCGCAGUUACAGCAGCAUUCGCAUCUGGAGAUCAUACCACAGCAAAAACCGCCGCAGUUGAAGCCCAGCUUGGAUUACUCCAAGAGUCUCUCGUCCUUGAGUGUGGUGCCGCAAAAAGUGAUCUCCGAAACAUCGGCCAGGCCGUCGACGACCGCUGAUUGCUUGACCGUAUACGAUAUGCCGAGGGCAAAGCCUGCUAACGUUUCGAAUAAAAAGACUCAAGACAAACUUAUUAACGAAAGCGUCGAAAUUAUAACACUGGACGAUUAAGAGUGGACUCGCCGUAGACCCACUUUAUGCAAAUUGAUGUAAAUUUUUAUUUCUCAAGAAAAAUGCAAAUAUCACGAUAAUAACUGCUGAAUUGAAAUGGCAACUCCUUGCAUUGGAAUGAGACAAGUCACGUUAUUUAUGCAGCAACAAUAACAUUACAAGAGAUAAUGAUGCUUUUAUUAAAUAGGCUCUUUCGGUAUGUUAUUCUCUUGUAUGUUGUGUAUUAUGUGAGAAUGUUGAGUCAAAAUUAAAUUAUAAUAAAUCACGUAUAUAAAAUACAUUGUUGAAAAAGUUCCAACGCAAUGAGUUGAUAUACUAAUUUAUACA